AUGUUAUUGAUUUCGCUUAAAAAUCAAAUACUUCAUAGAAUCAACAACUAUCAAUCACUUGAAAAAGUCAUCUUAACAAUCAACAAUGUUGAAAUUCCACUUAACAAGUCAUUUGCAGUUGCAAUUUCACAAACUUUUUACUCGCAAUACCUAUUAGAUAAUAACAUUGCAAAAAUUGAUAUCCAAACAGAAGUCAAGUCACAAGAUACAUAUCAUAUUUUAAAAGAUAUUCUUCAAUACAAUAAAACAGAAGUUGAAUGUGACGAAACAGUUCUUAAUGACCUUUUCCAUAUCGGUACCACUCUUGAAAUGGAAGAAAUUACCAAUUUAUACAAAAUAUACAUUAUUGACAAAAUGAAAAUCGACAAAAAUAAUUGUUUUCGAUUACUUGAAUUUUAUUUUGAUAUUUCAUCAGAAGAAAAGAUAUCAGAAUGCAUCGAUUUUAUAUCUUCUCACUUCUUCGAAAUUGAUUUAAAUCAACUUAAAAUAAUUUGUCCGAAACUCGGUUUUGAUAUUCUUCAGAGAAUAUUUAGCAAUGAAAAACUCGAACUUGAAGAUGAAGAUUCAUUUGCUAAUUUUAUUAUUUCUCUUACACAUGAAAUCAAAGAUUCAUUUAAAUUGAUUGAAAACAUUCAUUUUGAGUUUUGCAGCGAAACAAUUAUUAAACAUAUCAUAGAUCUCACUGAUAUCAAUAACUUCCAAAAUGUUGUUAACUCACUUUCUGAAUCAUUAAUGCGAUCAAGAAAUCCAAACAAUGCGAAACGAAAUUUUAUUGUUACAAAUUAUUUUGAAAGUGGAAAUGUUGAAAUGUAUGCUUCUUCUAUAGGAAAUGGCACGUACAUUGACAUAAUUAAUAAGUAUAGAAGUGACGAUUAUUUCAUAACUCAAGAUAUUCCUAAUUCAUGGGUUCAAUGGAAGAUAAAACAAAACUAUUCAAUUCAACCUACUGAAUAUAUUGUUAGAACUGUACCAAAUAACUAUAGAUACAUUGAAUCCCAUCUUCGAACGUGGAUAAUUGAAGGAACAACUAUUAAUGGAGAAACAAAAGUUCUUCAUGAAGUAAAUAAUUCUCCAUUAGAUUAUGGCGAAGUUCGUAAAUAUUCACUUGAUACAAAAGAUAAAUUUAUUUCAUUCAAAUUAAUUCAAACAGGUAGAAAUUGUUCGAAUUACGAUAGGUUGAGACGUGAUGUUUUAGAUUUUUCAGGAAAAAUAUAUAAAAAUGAUCAAUAA